UCCACCUGAACGACUAUAUCUAUGACGACAGGAAUGAAGUGAAACGGAUGAGCCUGCUCAGUACCUAGAACUAUAACUAGUACCACAGCGACUACUCACUGACGUACGGACCGUACGGACCGUCCGGACGGACCCGACUACCUAGGUGAAUGGCCCAGACUCACAGACCAACACACAGACACAUGAGAGGUUAAAAGAGCCGAGAAGCGAACCCAAGUGAUCCAAUCCCCGGGCCUCAUGAUGUUGUUCCCUCUGCAUUGCAUUUAGCGGGCCAGUGCCCGGACUGUGCCCAGGCGGGUCCCGCUCCAUCCUUUCCCGCCCUCGCCCGCCCUCGCCCGUCCUCGCCCGUCCCUCCGUUGGUGGCUGGACUGCUAGGACGCCCGGGCUGCCUCCUGGAUUAGCCUGGACAGGAUGCGCGAGUUCAAGGUGGUGGUGUUGGGCUCGGGAGGCGUGGGCAAAUCCGCCCUCACGGUCCAAUUCGUGUCGGGUCAUUUCAUGGAGAAGUACGACCCCACCAUCGAGGACUUCUACCGCAAGGAGAUUGAGGUGGAUAACACGCCGUGUGUGCUGGAGAUCCUGGAUACGGCGGGCACGGAGCAGUUCGCCUCCAUGCGCGAUCUCUACAUCAAGAAUGGACAGGGCUUCAUCGUGGUCUACUCCUUGACCAACCAUCAGACCUUCCAAGAUAUCAAGACCAUGCGGGAUCAGAUUACGCGGGUCAAGGGCACGGACAAGGUGCCCAUCUUGCUGGUGGGCAACAAGGUCGAUCUGGAGAGUCAGCGGGAGGUGCCCACGGUAGAGGGCGUGGCCCUGGCUCAGAUCUGGGGCUGCUCCUUCAUCGAGAGCUCGGCCAAGCAUCGGACCAAUGUGAAUGAGGUGUUUGCCGAGAUCGUGCGCGAAAUGAACCUCAGGCACUCGACCAAAGAUCGAGAAAUCGUGUGCACGUGUUGUCUUCUCUCCUAGCCUUGGGUCAGUGGGCGGGGGUGGACGGGCCAGCCUGACCCACCCAUUUCCCAUGCCGCCGCCUUUUUCUACGCCCGCUUUUUCUACGACAGAUCUGCAAAGUGUUCAUCCAGAAUUCAGACUACACUUGAAUUGAAUUUCGAACAAGAGCAGAGCCAAGAGCUCGGAGCUCAUGGCAAGAUGAUCCUCGAACGAAUGCGAGAACUUCGAUCGUCCAGAGAUCGAAUUGUGCCAAUUGUCGCCAAUCUUGGAAAAAAGAACGCCUCCGUUCAGAUCAUUUUCUCUCUUUACUCCUCCUUUUCUCGCCUUAUCCACACAUGAAAAUUAAACAGCUCAACGAACAAACGAGAAGUGAAUACAACAAAAUCGAAGGCAAUGAAUGCUUUUGAGCCCGAAGAGCAACGUGAAUCCAAAUUCUUUCCUCAAAGUAAACAGAAAGUCGUUCGACCCUUGUCCCGAAGAGCUAAUUGAUCACCUGGAGAGCAAAUUCAUUCACUCAAACCCUUGAUGGCCUUACUUGUAAUGCUGAAACAGAUUCCUUGUCGAGAUGCUAUUGAAAUGGGUAGGCCUUCUCCGCUGAUUGCAUAACCAAUGAAAAAGAAGUCUUCCCAGAACGAAUAAAUACACCACCACCCAUAGAUUCUACCUUCCUUGUUUCGAUUCGAUGUCUCUGUGCCCAUCAGAAGUCCGGGUUUCGUCUUUGAUCCAACUUGUAUUGUUUCCUCCUCACUUUCAUGUUUCUUUGAAUCUGUUGAGUUCGAAUCCAGUGUCCUUCUUACGGAUGCCACGACGUCAGCAAUGUACAUUAUUAUUAUUAUUAUUAUCAUGAUUAUUAUUAUUAUUACUAUUAGUAGUAGUAUCAUCAUCAUUAUUAUUAUUGGUAUGAUCGUUUUUGUAACCUUCGCCUUCUCGCAUCAUUUUCUCCACUCAAUAUUACAAAAAAAGUAUAUCUAUAUUGUCUAGAAUAUCUAAUAAAAAAUAAACAGGUAGCCCUCACAGGGAUAAAAAGAA